AAAAAUUUAAAUACUGCAAAACUCCAGCAUUUCCCAUAUAGCAAGACACAUUCCAGAGAAGACAAUUCAAGACAGCUUUGCAGGUGACUUGUUCAGAUACAUCUCAGAAAAUGAAUACCUGGCUUCUCUUUUCUUGCCUUUUGACCACAUCAUUGGCAAUACCAUUACCCCCUGCUGGACAGCAUGCAAACCCUGGUGUUAUUAACAUAAGUUAUGAGCUGUUAUCCCCAUAUGCCUGGCUAAAUAAAAUGAUGCGACAAAAUCAGCAGCAGUACCCCUCCUUUGGAUUUGAAAACAUGCAGCCAUGGCCACAACAGCCACUCCGUCCAGUGCAGCAAGGACCACAACCAGCAAUUCCACAGAUGCCUGGAAUGCCAGGAAUGCCUCAGCAUCCCAUGUUCCCCACAUGGGUACAGGAGGUUGAACAUGUUCUACCGGCACAACAACAACCAGCUCAGCAGCAGCCUAACCAACAACCUAACCAACAAGCACAGCAAGAACUGGACUAAAUCAAGAAAAGAAGAAACUUGAGAUAUGCCUUGGCUACAUUUUUGCUUUCUUUAGGAAUGGCCUAACCAGAUUGGUGCUGUUUAUUUUAAUUAAAUAUUUAGGUAUAUGGAUGUAAAACUUCAUAAUUAAUUAGAUAAUGAAAUAUAAUAAACAAUUGUACUCAA